CUGGUUAGCUCCGGAGUGUGAAACCGCGUGUUAAUGUAACCGGCGCGAGAUACGCGGGCGGCGGCGGCGGCUGGAGCGGCGGCUGCAGGAGCAGCGGCGGCGUCGGCGGGUUCCUUGUGCCCCGCGUCCCCGAGGCAGCUGGCUGCACCCCUCCGCGUACCCCCCCCCCCACCCACACACCUAUUCCAGGCCGGGCGGGACCCGCGCCACCAGCCCGGACCUCAGCCGGUCGGCGGUGACUUAACCCCCGCCGGCUGCCCGCGUCGCGACUACUCCAGACUCGCCCGCGGAGUUUGCCGGCCGGCAGGGAGGCCGAGCCGCAGAGCUCACUUCUGCUCUCCUCGCCACCAUCUCUAGAUGUCGUACCCGGGGUCGUAAGAGAACUUUGCAGCGGGCUGGAGCGCCUUUUACGUGGAGGCAGACGAAGGGAAGGAAAGAAGACCGAGGAAGGGGCUCGGAGGAAAGGUCCGAAGCGGCCGGGCCGGUCGUGCGGGGAGAGUGCUCAUCGGGCGCCGCGUCCGGAUGCGCCCCAGCCUCCAGGAGCCGCGGGCGGCCGGGGGACUACCUUCCGUGGAGUAGCCCCCAUCGGGCCUGGAACGUUUGUGCCACCGGAGGGAACAUCGAGUGCCGGUCGCGCGGGGUGUGCCGAGCAGCCUCCGGGCGCGUCCUCCGCACUUUCCCCGCCUCGGCGUCAUCCAGCGCUCCUCUGCCGGGACUGAGCUCCACCGCGGCCCCUACCUCGCUCCCCUCACGUCUCUCGGGGGCCUGCGACCGCCCGCCCGAAGGCGCUGCCUGGGCCCGCGGGGGUCGGCUCCGAACGUCACCAGGUUUGUUUGUGUGGGGUUAGCCGGGGGCGCCGAACCACCUGCACUUCGUCCGCCGCCGGCGCCACGGGGAAACCCGGGGGAAGAGACGCCCCGGGAGAAGAGCAAAGGAAAGCAACCCGCCUGGAUUUGUUUGCCCGGGACGUUUGCCGCGCACGCGGAUAGCCUCCGGGAGCGGGCCGGAGCCGCCGCGCCCCCACCUCCCCGCCCGGGCGGUCGAGGCCCGCGGGUUGGAAAACAGUGCGUCGCCGCGGAGGUUCUGGGUGCAGCCGGGCCCGGGUUGCCCCGCGAUGUGGCCCUGAACGUGGGAGCCCGCACCGGCUGGAGUAGGAGCCGCGGGGCGCCGAGUGGCCGGUGCGCCCCUCCGAGCGCGCCUGCGUGCGUGGCCGGCGGGCCCCCGGCGCGUCCCGCUUCUGCCUGCUUCCCAGCUUAAUUGUCCUCGGCGGGAUUAAAGUUGGAAAUUGAGCGGAGAAUUGAGUUGCCCGGGAACAGGGCCGCGGCCACCGCCAGAGCGAUGUUCCCGCAGAGCCGGCACCCGACGCCGCACCAGGCUGCAGGCCAGCCCUUCAAGUUCACUAUUCCAGAGUCCCUGGACCGCAUUAAAGAGGAAUUCCAGUUUCUGCAGGCUCAGUAUCACAGCCUUAAAUUGGAAUGUGAGAAACUGGCAAGUGAAAAGACAGAAAUGCAGAGGCACUACGUGAUGUAUUAUGAAAUGUCAUAUGGAUUAAACAUAGAAAUGCACAAACAGACUGAAAUCGCCAAGAGAUUGAAUACGAUUUGUGCACAAGUCAUCCCAUUUCUGUCUCAGGAACAUCAACAACAGGUGGCGCAGGCUGUCGAACGUGCCAAACAGGUGACCAUGGCAGAGUUGAAUGCCAUCAUCGGGGUACGUGGCCUACCAGGUCUACCUCCUACACAGCAGCAGUUACAAGCUCAGCAUCUUUCUCAUGGCCACGGACCCCCAGUCCCCCUAACGCCUCACCCUUCGGGACUUCCGCCACCUGGGAUCCCGCCCCUGGGCGGCAGUGCCGGCCUUCUGGCGCUGUCUAGUGCUCUGAGUGGGCAGUCUCACUUGGCAAUAAAAGAUGACAAGAAGCACCAUGAUGCAGACCACCACAGAGACAGAGAACCUGGCACAAGUAAUUCCCUCUUGGUCCCAGACAGUCUACGAGGCACUGAUAAACGCAGAAAUGGGCCUGAAUUUUCCAAUGACAUCAAAAAAAGAAAGGUGGAUGAUAAGGAUUCCAGCCACUAUGACAGUGAUGGUGACAAAAGCGAUGACAAUUUAGUUGUAGAUGUGUCUAAUGAGGACCCUUCUUCUCCGAGAGCAAGCCCCGCCCACUCACCCCGAGAAAAUGGGAUCGACAAAAACCGCCUGCUAAAGAAAGAUGCUUCCAGCAGCCCAGCGUCCACCGCCUCUUCAGGAAGUUCUACUUCUUUGAAAUCCAAAGAAAUGAGCUUGCAUGAAAAAGCCAGCACGCCUGUUCUGAAAUCCAGCACACCGACGCCUCGGAGCGACAUGCCCACACCGGGCACCAGUGCCACUCCAGGCCUCCGUUCUGGCCUCGGCAAGCCUCCAGCCAUGGACCCCCUCGUUAACCAGGCGGCGGCUGGCCUGAGGACGCCCUUGGCAGUGCCCGGCCCAUACCCCGCCCCAUUUGGAAUGGUGCCCCACGCGGGCAUGAACGGCGAGCUGACCAGCCCCGGUGCGGCCUACGCCAGCCUCCACAACAUGUCCCCGCAGAUGAGCGCAGCGGCUGCUGCUGCCGCUGUGGUGGCCUACGGGCGCUCCCCCAUGGUUGGGUUUGAUCCUCCCCCUCACAUGCGAGUACCUACGAUCCCUCCCAACCUGGCAGGAAUCCCUGGGGGGAAACCUGCCUACUCUUUCCAUGUGACGGCAGACGGGCAGAUGCAGCCUGUCCCUUUCCCCCCCGACGCCCUCAUCGGACCCGGCAUCCCCCGACACGCUCGCCAGAUCAACACCCUGAACCACGGGGAGGUGGUGUGCGCAGUGACCAUCAGCAACCCCACGAGACACGUGUACACGGGUGGGAAGGGCUGCGUCAAGGUCUGGGACAUCAGCCACCCCGGCAAUAAGAGCCCUGUCUCUCAGCUUGACUGUCUGAACAGAGAUAACUACAUCCGUUCCUGCAAAUUGCUCCCCGAUGGCUGCACUCUGAUAGUGGGAGGGGAGGCCAGCACUCUGUCCAUCUGGGACCUGGCCGCCCCGACCCCUCGCAUCAAGGCGGAGCUGACGUCCUCGGCCCCUGCCUGCUACGCCCUGGCCAUCAGCCCCGACUCCAAGGUCUGCUUCUCCUGCUGCAGCGACGGCAACAUCGCCGUGUGGGACCUGCACAACCAGACGCUGGUGAGGCAAUUCCAGGGCCACACAGACGGGGCCAGCUGUAUUGACAUUUCUAAUGAUGGCACCAAGCUCUGGACGGGCGGCCUGGACAACACGGUCAGAUCCUGGGACCUGCGUGAAGGGCGGCAGCUGCAGCAGCACGACUUCACCUCACAGAUCUUCUCCCUGGGGUACUGCCCCACCGGGGAGUGGCUGGCCGUGGGCAUGGAGAGCAGCAACGUGGAGGUCCUCCACGUGAACAAGCCCGACAAGUACCAGCUGCACCUCCACGAGAGCUGCGUGCUGUCCCUGAAGUUUGCUUAUUGUGGUAAAUGGUUUGUGAGUACUGGGAAAGAUAACCUCCUUAACGCUUGGCGGACCCCCUACGGAGCUAGUAUAUUCCAGUCCAAAGAGUCCUCAUCUGUGCUCAGCUGCGACAUCUCUGUGGACGACAAGUACAUAGUGACUGGCUCAGGGGACAAGAAGGCUACAGUCUAUGAAGUCAUCUACUGAAAACAUUAUGUGGUUUAAUGUUUAUAGUUGAAUUGGGCCAAAAUGUUUUGAAUUUGUAGAAAUAGAAGAAUUGUAACUAUAAAAACAAGAAAACCUGUUUUUAAACCUUGACACAAAAUGACUUUGAGUCUACAAAGAAGAGGUGACGCGUCCACCAACUGAAGGUCAUCUAUCUGCCUAGACCAAAUGGAGCACCGAGGCCAGGUGGACAGAGGGGCCAGGGCUGCGGGCUUGAGGGACAGAGCCUGUGUUCCAGGCAGAGCCGGUCCGUUUCUUUCUGUGUGACCUGCACAGAUUACCUUUCUGUUCCUUGCGGUUCCCCUCACGUUCCAUCCUUGGUAGUGCAGUGGUGUCUCCAAUGAACUUGUUUCCUGGUUUUGCAUCUUGUGAAAUGUUUUUUUGUAUUUUUGUUGAAGGUUAAACAUUUGUAUAAAUUGUAAAUAUAUUUGGUUUAUUACAGUAAAGGCUUUAGUACCAAUAA